AUGGUCGGCGUUCCUACCAGUAAGGGCUGUUUGCUCUGUCGGGAGCGACACAUCGGGUGUGAUGAGUCUCGGCCGCAGUGUGCGCAAUGUCGCAGACACGGCGUUGUAUGCCCAGGGUACACGCGUAUGUGGAAAUUCCAGGACGAGGGACCUCGUCUCCAGAAGUGGUACAAAAAGCGCCCAGUUGGUCGAGGUAGUCACGCUAAGACCGAUGCCGACGCUGUCCACAGAGAUGUUUCAAUGCGAAAGCAGAUCGGUACGAAAAGUUCCAUCGAUGAACGUGUGUACCCAGCCCUGGUCCAUCAAGCCUUCAUCAACCAGCAGCCCCGGAUGUUCAAAGAAUUUGUCUGCGCGGCCUUCCCAACCAUGUUCUUCCAUAAUGAAUUCCGCUUUGGAAAAGGUUCGACCUUUCCGGACUGGGUGGUGAAACACUUUGGUUCUAAGCAUUAUUACGAUGCAUCGGUAUCGUGUCUUUCAGCGGAAUACCUCGCCCAUCUCACCAAGGACCCGAGACUCCACCAAUUCAGCCGACAGAAGUAUUCCCAGGCGCUGGGAGCAACCAGACAAGCGCUGAGAUGUUCGCAUGAGGCCUCGUCCGAUGACCUGCUUAUUGCGGUUAUUCUUCUUUCUUACUAUGAGAUGAAUGUACGGACUACCCCUGACGCUUGGGUCUACCACUCAAGGGCGGUAAAGCAACUGAUGCUGAAGCAUGGGAUGGAUUUCCAUUUGUCUGGAACUGGACGCAUUUGCCACUUUGCCUACAGACCAUUUCUGAUCGCUGCCGCGCUCUGUGAAGGCGAGCCGUGUUUCCUGGGCGACGACGACUGGCAGAUCCUGGCAGCUACUCUCCGUGAGGAAGACUCGCAGAAGCAGAGCCAGUGGUCGUUCUAUAUCGAUGUCUACGAGACGAUUUUCAUGGAGCUGGUUAAAUGCCCCGGAUACAUUAAAGAGACACGGGAAAUUGUUUGCGUAUUCUCUCCGCAGGCCGGACUUUUAGCACAGCGGGUCUAUAUGACCUAUGAUAAACUCCAGAUGUUGACGGACGAGUUACGAUCAAUGCUUGCAUCCGCCAACCAGCGGAAGGAGGGCAUCAUUUCCAGUACUUUUGUCGGGCCAGAGCCUAGCGAUUUUCCUGAAACGAGUCCGUCGCUUCUUCUCAAUGCUGCUGUUAAUGCUAUCAGCAUCCUCGAACAACUCUACGCCCGGCUAACUAUGCCUGCUUACGUCAAAGAAGAAACCCCAUCCUCCAGUGGUUCGACGCCAUCAUCCUUGUCCACCUCGCGCAGUGUCGGCCUGACUGAUAGUGGUGGGCCGCUUUUUGAUUUUCGUUUCACAUACGAGCUUGGAGGGACCACUCCAAAGGAAGAACAGCGUUCUUUUACCUGGCUUGAUCGGGUGGCCGGGUCAAUGGGGCUCUUAGGAGCAGAGAUUAUCUACGAAGAUGCAGUCGUGGUGGGAUAG